AAGAUAAGAAACAAAAUGUCUGUGUCAGCGAUCUUUGGCACCGGACUCGUCACCGUAGCUGCUUCGCCGUCUCUCCGCCAAUUUCAAAUUCCUAAACUUGGAAACGGAGGAGGAUUGGGAAUGGUGAUAGAGUGUUCGUCGAGGCCGCAGAAGAAAUCGACGGCUCAUCACAGGAAGACAAGACCGAAGAAGACGCAGCCUUGGGACAUUAAGAGAAAGCCCACUGUUUAUGCUCCUCUUCCUCCUCUCCCUCCGGAUUGGACUCCGCUCGCUCUUUCUUCUGAAGACAGUAGUGCCACAUCCACCGGAGAUUUGGUUUCAGGAGCUGCGGCAUAGUUAUGAGUUAUCUUCUGGUCUGGUUGUAAUCUUGUCUGAAAGCUUUUGUAUUUUGUCUAUUUCUGUUAAUGUGUGUUUCAGUUUUUUUUCUUUCUGCUGUCUGGUUUUUUCGGGUUUGACCCUUGAACGGUGAAUGAAUGUUUU